AUCCUGCGUAUGGAAUACAUUUAUAUAGACAGCACCCAUAUUCAUCUACAAAGCCCUGCUAUUUGCAAGAUAGUGAAUUAUACUAAACCAACUGCCGAGCCCCCAGAGGCCUUCAACAAUAUAUGCAGCGCGUCCUCCUUAACUUUCUACGCAAAGGCACACCUAACUGAGCAUACGGGCUGUCGUAAGCUGCUUAAUCUUUCGGAACAGGCUUAGCAACAGGCCCCAUGGCGCGGCCUCAGAAGGCGCUCGUUGUUGAUGACCUGCCCGUUAACCGCCUCAUCCUGGGCACCAUUCUCAGCAAGCUUGGCUUCGAGGUCCUUGAGGCCGAAAACGGUCUUCAGUGUAUCGAUGUAUAUAGCCAGGAGCGGACGCAUCUAGUCUGUGUGUUCCUCGACCUACAAAUGCCGGUGGCUGACGGAUGGACAGCUACCAAAGGUAUCCGCGAGCUCGAGUCCCAGGCACAGGGCGCCGAGUACCUGCGCGUUCCUGUUGUCGUCUGUACAGCCUCAUGUUUGGAUGACUUAGUCGAAGAUGGUCAGACGGUCGCCCAGCGUGCGCUAUCUCUCGGAGCCGAUGGGGCCGUGCGCAAGCCGCUUACGCCGUACGCCGUACAACGCAUACUCGACCAAUACGCGCCGCGCUGGCGCUCCUGCCAAGCUGAUUGCUCCGACUCCAACCUGACAACAACAACCUCGAGUCCGCCUAGCAGCGCCUGCAGCGGCUGCUCCUCCGCCCACCGACCGGCCCCUCACCCCACUGCACCCUCCUCCCUGCAGCAGCACCCGCACCCCAACCGCCUGCAGCAACACCUGCAUCGCUCCCUCCACCACCACCAAGACCACCACCACCACCAGCUCGACCGACAUCACGACGUGCAGCAGCAGUACCCGUACCAGUACCAGCACCAGCAUCACGAGCACCGGCCGCAGCCUGUCCGGCCUAGCCAGCACUGCCACCUGGAGGCCCUGCAGCACCGGCAGCACCAGGGCGGCAGCUGGGCCGCCUCGUUGCCUACCAGCACCUCCUCCACAGCAGCUGCGACCGCCGCCCCCUCACCCCAGCCGCUCCCCCUCACACCGCUGCCUCGCUAGGCAGCGAUGGUUGUGGGGGCGCACCCGCGCAUGCCAGCCCCUGUGUGCUGAGGUGAACGGGUGUGGCAACGGCCGUGAUGUCGUCUUCUUCUUGUAGCGAGUGAGGAUAUGUAGCUGCAGGUUCGACACCACGUGUGUUGGUGGGUAUGGAUGGUUUGGCCUGCUGGUCAGAAAGGCCGGCAUGGCAGCUGGCAGGGAGCUGUGUCCAAAACGGAUCGUCAGGGUCUUGACACCCAUGCCGCGACGUUGAUGUUGUUGACCGUGCCCAGGCAUUGCUGACCCACUUAUUCCUUUGCUGAGGUGCUUUGGUGGUGUUGGGACUUCCUAGCGAGCAGGCAAUGCACGUGUCGUGGCUUGUGCCCACGUCUGCGCUCUCCUUACAAAUGGGUUGUACGUACACAUGCCAUGUUGCUCCGCGCGCAUGUACACAUGCCGCAUGAUUAUGCGCAUGCAUCUGUGGUAAGAUGGUUUUGUUGGUUGCAGUUGUUGUUGGUUGGUCGUUCAGUUGGUUGGGGGAUCCAGAUCCCGCGUGUAUCUAAUUCGGCACGCGAGGGCCGGGAGGGGGGAGUACGGUAUCCUAGCCGCGGCACAUUGCGCAUUGGAUGUACGACAGAACUGACGCAGCCCGUUGCUGCGGGUUUGACUGGCUGUGGUUUUGGGAGGGCAUCGUUUGGCCCGGCUUGCUACCGCGGGCAUGGUUCGGGUAAUGUACGGCACACACUGUGCCGGAAAGGUUGUAUUAUUAGGCCGGGUUAGGGCUUAAGUGGUCUCCCAAUCGAAAGUUGGCGUGGCUGUACUUCCUUUGUACUGCUUGCGGGGGCUGGGUGGGUGGGUUGUCAUAGAAGGGAUGGGGUGUGCUGACUGCUGUGGCUUUGACGCUGCAUUUGCGUUGCGUUAUGGUUGGUUGGCUGUUGGAUGGCGCAUGCAUACUUGUUGUGGGGUACAUGAUGGUCGUGUCAGUUCCAAGCAGGCUAGCAUUGCACGAGAUGUGGGGUGAGGACAAGAAAGGAGGUUUCCUAUCUACUCACGUAAUAUCAUGGUCGUCAUAACAGGAUUCAUGCCAAGUGCGUGUUGGUCCAUUGCAUGUGCUUCGUAUCGCUUAUUAUGCUUCGAUGCGUGUACACCGUUGAUUGCUUGGUUGGCCGAAUGGCCACGUGCCGGGUGGUUUGUUGGGCUGUGGGGGUUGGCAGUUGUAAGCUGCACGUACAAAAACAGUCCGUAUACUGUUCGCAACAGGGGCAGUAUAGUUUUGUUUCGGUAGUUCAGUUGCAGAGCAGCAGUUCACAUGUCAUGAUCGACUCCUUCCGCUCGACUUGUGUUGUCCUUGUCGUUCUCUCUUUGCGUCCUCUGCUAUUCAAAGAUCGGCCGCUGGGCCAGUGUUUACAUCAGUGGUAGGGUAGUGUCUUAGCACUGGCACGUCUGUCGCUAAAAGCAUUGUUGUGGUUAUGGGGUGUUUUCACUGUUUUUUUGCUGCUGUAUGUGUAGUCAUUUUGCUGCUGGGGGAAUACCGCAUGUGGUCGAUCCACGGCGUCACGGCGUUACACUUGUGCAGCUUGUGCGAAUCCCUGCUGCCACACCGCCUCUUUCGGUGUUACUAAUGUGGGUCGCUGCACUCGUGCUCAAGAAUGGUGGUGUCAAGGUGGCGGGGUGUCCCCCGUUCCUCUCGAGGAUCACCCGAUUGGAUGCGUUUGUCAUUAGUCAUAAAAAUCCAAUAACCGGCAGCAGCAGCGAUUCCCGCACGUGUGGGAUCCGGAUGGGGUAUUUGUGGGCCCAAACGUGACACGGCGGACGGCCGCGGGGUGAUAAUGUGUGGGGGAGCUACGGGCUUGUCGCUUGUUAGGAGGUGGGGUCUUUCAGCUGCACUGCCCCCCGGCCCCGUGGGGGUGUGUUUGGCGGGAUGAGGCCUCUUACCGUGCUUCAGGCGCUCUUGUCCUGGUUUGGUGGCCGUGUUUAUAGUUCAAAGGAAACUCAAAAGGUACUGCUGACAGCCUUCAGGUCCUUUUAGGCCUUCAUUCCAGAUGAACACUGCUUCUGACACUGCUCAAUUGGCGGCGUUUCUCGGCUCAUCCUAAACAUUCCCCUGCGCUUUCCGCUUGUAGUGGGGUGCUAGCAGCUGCUAGGUUCGCAGGUGAUAUGCGUGUGUGUGGCUCUAGCGUGUAAUGUUGUGCUGGGCUGCUCGACCACGUGCGCGACUGCUGCUGCUGUUUCUCCACAUGGGAAGUGUCGUUCGUGCGUUCUAUAUUGUCGUACGUGCGUGUUGUACGGCCGGGAAUUUGCCGUACGCGCUUUCUAUGCAUGGCUCCUCUUGAGCCUCAUACUCGUGCCCGACUGUUGUAGCUGUUCGUCCUUUGCCAGGUUUACAUUAAUCCUCAGCAAAAGGCCGGGUACCUUGCCAGUGACCCAUGGGUCAUCACAGACGGCACCUUGCCAUUGUGACACCGUACGUUGGGAAGGAGAAACUGCACGGCAGAUGCCGUACUGGUGUUGCCAUAUACGGUAUACCGCGCUGGCGGAAGGUUGUGUGUGUGCGUUUGUGGCCCAAGCGGGGGCUCUCCUGCCGCUGUGGUUGUGGCAGCUGCGGCUGUUUGUCCUCUUCAGCAGUCGUGCACGGGGCUGCAGUGUUAUGCCGGACAGUCCCAAUUGACAUCUGGUAACGACUAAGGGCUCAGGGUUAAUAGCAACUCCGCGCCUGCAUGGGGCUGCACUGCCGGUACCCUGGUCGCCCCCCCGGGUGGUCCCUGAGGGGCUUCAUAUUGCAGUCCUGGGGACCCCUGCCGGCGGCAGAGCGCCCAGCCAUGUGGGCCCCGCCGUACCAACCGCCUCCCAAGGGACAAGGGUUGUGCUGCGAUCGAGGGUGGCGCCGUGCUUAGGGCAGUUUGGGAUGUGUAGCGGGGGCCAUGUACGGCAAGGUGGCGGGCAGACCGGAUAUGGGUGGAGAAGUUAUGUUACAACAUAUUGUAGUUGGGGGUUACAGGUAUACAUAUACGCUGUGUAGCAUGGCUAUAUUGUUAUGGUUGCACUGUCUGGUCGCCGCCGGGUGUGAGUAUUGUAGCAUUGCGCUUGGGAAGCAUUGAAUUAUAGUUCGCUCAGCUGUCAUUAAUGGAUGCUGCCAACAACAACGGUGUUCGGGCUGCUUCUGGCCCUCUGGCUUCAGUUGCCAGCGUGUUACUGACGGGGAGGGGUCCAAGGUAUGAUGGGUUGUUGUUCAUUACAGGAGCCACUGCUGACCCGUCAGGCAGAGUUAAACCCCUGCACACUGGCUUCUGGGUUCGGGAAGAUGUGGCUUCCGGUCGCUUGGUGGUGCGGUGGGGGUGGUCCGUCGCAGCGGGGUCAAUGUGGCAGCGGGGUCCGGGUC